AUGGAUAAUAAAGAAGAACGCUUAGAUAUUUCUUUGGAAUUUUCUACGGCUAAAGAAGUUUUGCCUCUUCUCCAUGCGGUUAGGACACGUGAUCAGGAUGCCACCUGGAAGAUAUACCAGGAGCUUCAACAAACACGAAAACUUCAUCUUUUAUCACCUCAACAACAUUCCAUUAUAUUAAAAUCAUUUGAUAUUAAUGGUAAAUAUCUAUUCACCAAGAUAGAAACAAUCAUUUUUAAAAAAGAAGCUUUUUUAUAUUUUCGAUCAAAUGAAAGAAGUUGGUCACGAUCCGAGUGUAAUAGAUUAUUCGCAUGUGAUGAAUGUUUUUAG